CGAUCGGUUAAUAACAUAGCCACUGAAUGAAACACACGUGUAAGUACGGGUUCGGGAAAUUUUUAUCAGUGAAUGUUGCGUGUGGUUUGUAGUAUCAGUGAUAUCAUUCAAUUUUCAACAGAAAUCUGAAAUUAUUUUAUUUUAAACGUGAAUCAUUCCGGUUCUACAUAAGGGAUUUAAAAAUCUCCAUUCUUAUAUAUUAUAUUAUCACCUGAGUUCAACAAUCAAGAAGAUAAUGGAGUCAUUCUCCACUGAAACUGUGCCGACGAAACGUUCUCGUUCGAAAAUGCGUUCCGAAGCUGCAGAAAAAGGUAACGAAACCGUGUACAAGGCGCCGGAAACAGAAGAUGUACCUGAAGAAGAAAUCAACGAUGCGCCGAAUAUCGCUUUAUUAUUCUUUUUAUAUUUACUUCAAGGCGUUCCUUUAGGAUUAGCAGCUGCUAUUCCUAUAAUUUUACAAAAGAGAAAAGUCAGCUACAGUGAUCAGGCUGAAUUCAGUUUAGUAUCAUGGCCGUUUAGCAUGAAACUGUUAUGGGCUCCAAUCGUCGAUGCCGUAUAUUCUGCGAAAUUUGGACGCCGAAAAUCCUGGCUUAUUCCUACUCAGUAUUUAAUAGGUGCAUUCAUGUUUUUUAUAUCUAUGAAUGUGGAUUCAUGGCUUGGUGAUGAAGAGGGUAAAGUACCUCCUAGAAUAACGUUCUUGACUAUGAUGUUUUUUGCUUGUAAUUUUUUGGCUGCUACUCAAGAUAUUGCUGUCGAUGGAUGGGCUUUGACUAUGUUACACAGAAAAAAUGUUGGACAUGCUUCAACAUGCAACAGUGUUGGUCAAACAGUUGGAGUAUUUUUCGGAUACGUCGUAUUUAUUGCUCUGGAUUCGGCUGACUUUUGCAAUACCUGGCUCCGUUCUACUCCUUCGGACACCGGACUUAUAAAAUUUUCGACUUUCAUGUAUUUCUGGUCGAUCACCUACGUCAUUUCGACCACAUUGGUGGCCAUAUUUAAAAAAGACAAUAGUAUGAGUAUCGUUGAAAAUGAGAAAGAAAUCGACAUGAAUGUGAAGCAAAGUUAUCAAUUGCUGUGGGAAAUCAUGAAAUUACAUCCAGUUCAACAAAUGGCAAUGAUACUGCUUACUUGCAAAAUUGGAUUUGCCGCUUGUGAUGCGGUGAGUUCUUUGAAAUUAGUAGAGGUUGGAGUUCCUAAAGAUAAACUUGCUAUUAUGAGCGUACCGUUGAUGCCGUUUCAAAUUAUUUUACCUUUUGUGAUUAGUCGAUAUAUCGUCGGACCUCGUCCUCUCGAUGUUUUCAUCGCUGUGGUUCCUUACAGGUUACUCAUAGGAUUAAUGCUCGCUGGACUCGUGUACAUAACUCCUAAUUUCUUCGUCAACAACGAAUUACCUACUAGUUACUAUUUAUGGUUGUUAAUCACUUACGGAGUGCAGCAGAUGGCUGUGUAUAGUAUGUUUGUAGCUGCGAUGGCAUUUUUCGCCAAAGUCAGCGAUCCGAGAUCCGGUGGUACUUACAUGACUUUAUUGAACACUUUGAGUAAUUUAGGUGGAACAUGGCCUUCUACCGUAGUAUUAUGGCUCGUUGAUUUAUUAACUUUUAAAAAAUGCCACAAUAGUUGCACAGGAUCCGAAACGCCCUGCGAUCCGAAAGAAAUCUGCCACACGUUUAUAGACGGAUAUUACGUCGAAGUCAUCGUAUGUACGAUAAUUGGUAUCAUUUGGCUUCAAUGGGGUAAAAUUAAAGUGAGAAGGUUACAAAAUCUUGGAGAUGCAUCGUGGCUCGUGAAUAGUAGAAUAUUCACUAAUAAAAGCUGACUACUCUCCGAUUGCGAGUACACAGUUGUAUCAUUGGAAGAUGGAGAUGAAAAUGAAGCUGAAGUUGAAGCUGUAGAUGAAAACGAAGAAGACGACAAAAAAGAACUUAUAUGUGAAGCGUGAUUUAGGACAAUUAUGAUUACAAGGGUGGGGUUAUUGUUACAUCGACUUUUCAUUUCAAUCAUCUGAUUAUUUUUCAAACUGUACCUUGUGUUAGGUUUUAUGAACCAUUUUUUUUAUUUUAGUUUUUUUCAUUUCCGAAAUGAAUUACUCAAGUGUUUUUUUUAAAAUAAGUUCAUUUUUAAUAUACCUGUAAAAUUGACUCUCCCCAGUCGGUAUGCAUGUAAGGUACAUUCCAUCCGUUUUCAUUCCAGGAAAUGGUUGUUGAAAUAAUUGAUAAUAAGUUGUAUUUUGUGCGAAUGUCCUACCUAUAUUUAUUUGCGCAAACUAAUUGCAAUUGAAUGUGAUAAAUCUAUUUUUAUCUAUUACGAUGUUUUUACGUAUUAUUUAUCGUUUUUUAAUCAUUAACGUAUUAUUUUAUGAGCACAUACUUAUUUCAAUAAGUAAUGAAAAAAUUGCAUUUCAAUGUUUUAGAUCACAAAAUAGUAACUUCAUUUCAUAUGUCAAACAUUUUUCGACGUUGUUUUGAUUAUCUUUGAUCUUUUUUCAAUUCUUCUAUUAAUUUCAAAAAUUCAUUACAUCUUCAAAAAAUUUUUUCAAAAUACUGCUGCUAAUACCACUAAUAUUUGGAUGCAAUGAUUGAUUGAUUCUAAGAAAGGGUAUUUCAUCUAGGUACUGAAUUGUAUCGUGUUUCAUUUCAUCUUGUUUUAUUAAAGAAAUGUUUUGGUUCUUUA